AUGUCACCCAUUAUGUUAGUCGAGGAUAUUGAACAACCUAAUCCAUAUGAUACAGAUUUAAGAUCGAAACCUUCCACACACGAUCUCGAAAUAAACUAUUGUAAACCAGCUUCGUCAAUUUAUUCUAUCAAUUCAUCGAGAGCUCAAGGCUCGACUACUUCUAUCUCAGGAUCUGAAAAUGCACCCCCUAGGAACACAUCUGGCUCUCUAGGUUCACCAAGAGGCGUGUUUGCAUUUCCUGAAACUGCAACAUCAAAUAUAUCAGUUACAGCAACGUCCUUCAACCAAGGUAGUAGUCAGCAAAGUACACGAACUUCUCACUUCACUUCCCAGGAAUUAAUACCGAAACCGGCUCAAGAUGUAAAGAGAAAUACUUCAGUAAGACUAGAAUCUGUGCGACAACACGGACCUGGGAGAUCAAAGAGACGAUUAAGUGGAAGUACUGGUGCUAGCACUCACAGCUCAAGUAAUGAUAGGGAGUCUCAUUCUAAAGCGUUAAAUACGGAUGAUAAAGCAGCCGUCAUUGGAAAAAUUGGCAUCUGUGCAUUAGACGUCAAAGCUCGAAGUAAACCCAGUCGCAAUAUUCUGAAUCGGUUAAUUUCAAAAGGCGAAUUCGAGGUGGUAGUCUUUGGUGACAAGGUGAUACUAGAUGAAGAUAUUGAAAACUGGCCGGUUUGUGACUUUCUAAUUUCAUUUUAUUCAGAUGGAUUUCCUCUUGAUAAGGCCAUCGCAUAUGUGAAUGCCCGAAAACCAUUCUGCGUCAAUGAUCUUCCUAUGCAAAAGAUUCUAUGGGACCGCCGGAUCUGCCUGAUGAUUUUAGAUAAAAUCAAUGUCCCGACUCCAAAAAGAGUUGAGGUCAAUCGUGAUGGAGGCCCGAAUAUCCUUACGCCAGAAAUGGCUAAACAUCUCAAAGAAACUACAAGCGUUGUUCUAGACGGACCCGAAGAUGGAACUGGAGGCCACGCCACUGCUCCACAGAAAGUAGAGCUCAUAGAUGACGGCGACACUCUAAAUGUGGAUGGAGUUUUGCUUCGAAAACCGUUUGUUGAAAAACCAAUUAAUGGCGAGGAUCACAACAUUUGUAUAUACUUCCCAAAAAACCAGGGUGGUGGAGCCAGGAAGCUUUUUCGAAAGAUUGGCAACAAGAGCUCCGAAUGGAUUGAAGGACUCACAGUACCACGAGCAAUACUUGAGCCUAAUAGUAGUUAUAUUUACGAAAAAUUUAUGUUAGUAGAUAACUCAGAGGAUGUGAAGGCAUACACUGUCGGCCCUACUUUUUGUCAUGCGGAAACACGAAAAUCUCCUGUAGUAGAUGGAUUAGUGCGAAGAAAUACUCACGGAAAAGAAAUUCGAUAUAUUACUAGCUUGUCAAAAGAAGAAUCUACGAUGGCGAGUCGUAUUGCGGUUAGUUUUGGCCAACGUGUCUGUGGCUUUGAUCUCCUACGUGCAGAAGGUAAGAGUUUCGUUAUCGACGUUAAUGGAUGGAGUUUCGUUAAGGAAAACCAUGAAUAUUAUGAUCAGUGUGCAAGGAUCCUUAAGGAAAUGUUUAUUCGGGAGAAGCAAAGAAGGGUAGGCUGCUUGUCGGAUACCGCGCUUCAUUCGUCGCAACUAGAGCAAUCUAAAAUUCUUUCAACUAGAAGAAACACAAGCUCAUCAUUCAAAGAAAAUCAUCGAUCGGCCCUACACCAACUCCUACAUAAAUCACCAACGAUCUCGUCUACACAAUUAAGCAACAAAAAAGCUGCUGCCGUUUCAUCUCCAGAUAUAUCUUGCUCAUCAACACCUGUAACAUCUCCCUCGGAUGAACCAGAAAAUAAUCCAGAACUAGCACCUAUUCCAGAAAUACCAAUGCUUCCGCCUCCUAUCACCAGUAACUUUUCUAUGUGUACAUCACCUACAGUAUCGCCUCCACCCGUAAAUGGUAACUCCUCAAGUAAUGAUGUACUUCCACCUGCACCCAAACAUACAUGGAAGCUGAAGGGAAUGGUCUCGGUGAUCCGUCAUGCUGACCGUACUCCGAAGCAAAAAUCCAAAUUUACAUUUCAUACAAAGCCAUUCAUCGAGCUUCUCAAAGGUCAUCAAGAGGAGGUUCUUUUAACUGGGGAGGCAGCACUCGAGAGUGUCAUGGUAGCGGUUGAAACAGCACUAAAGGAGGGAAUCGAAGAUAGCGAAAAACUAAGAAAUCUUAGAAAUGUCCUGGUCAAGAAGGGUGGCUGGAUUGGGACUAAAGUCCAAAUAAAGCCAAUGUUCAGAAUGAAGCCUGAUUUCGUCCCAGAAAUGCCUGCCCAUACAGCCAGGGCAGAAGCACUGCAUUCGACAAGCACCGACUCAUUGGAACAUAAGCUCUCAACUGAUAUUAACGAGAAUUCAGAGUCAGGACCUCUUAAACACAAGGAUUCUCUUUCAGGGAUAACCCUAUCAAGAAUUACCGCCGUAGAAAAUAGUCUUGUCCUCGAUAAGCUUCAACUUAUUGUCAAGUGGGGUGGAGAGCCGACUCAUUCAGCACGUUAUCAAUCUCAGGAGCUAGGUGAAAGUAUGCGAAAUGACCUUAUCCUGAUGAAUCGAGAAGUCUUGGAUGAAAUCCAUGUGUUCAGUAGCUCCGAGCGUCGUGUUAAGACUAGUGCACAAAUUUGGGCCGCAGCGUUCACAGAUCAGAAAGAAAUACCCUCCGAUUUCAUCACAAUCAGGAAGGAUCUUUUAGAUGACUCAAAUGCUGCUAAAGAUGAAAUGGAUAAAGUGAAGAAAAAGUUAAAAACCUUACUUCGCCGUGGAAUCUCAGCCCCCCCUCAAUUUGCAUGGCCACCUAAUAUGCCAGAGCCUUCUAUUGUACAACGGUGCGUUGUUCAAUUAAUGAAAUUUCACCGCAAAGUGAUGUAUUACAAUCUCAAAAGGCUUUGUGAUGAUGAUAAAUUAUCUCCAACAUGUACAACAGUUGUCGAUAAAGAUAAGCAAAAAGAUAAAAUAACAGCUUCUUCUACUAGUGUCAACUUAACGACUCAAUCUACAACAAUGUGUAGCGUACAAUCUCGAUGGUGUUGUGGUGAAGGUGCAACUUUAUUUAAAGAAAGGUGGGAGAAACUCUUUAGUGAAUUCUGCGAUGGCGACAAAGUAGAUCCCAGCAAAAUUUCAGAGCUCUAUGACACAAUGAAAUUUGAUGCGCUCCAUAAUCGCCAGUUUUUAGAGUGGGUAUUUACACCUAGCAAAAGUUUGUUAGAAGAAGAGGAAAAUGCAAUAUUGGAGGAGUUUCGGAGCAUUGGAAAGGAAAAGCAGCAACCCCGAAGUAACGAAGAGAUUAAUGAUGAACACGAUCUAUCUACAGAAAAGGCAGAUAUGAGCUGGAGCUUACAUCGGCGCAUGUUCCGUCGUAAAUCCUUCAUCUCCUCAGGAAAAGUUUCUGAAGAAUCACCAGAGCAAUAUUUCCGUCUGUUUACAGGAACUAGCCAAAAUAAAGCAAAAACUGAUGUAAGACUUGAGAAACUACGAGAGUUGUACAAACUUGCCAAGGUGCUGUUUGACUUCAUCUGUCCACAAGAAUAUGGCAUGACAGAUACAGAGAAACUAGAAAUAGGACUACUAACAUCACUACCAUUACUGAAGGAGAUUGUACAAGAUCUUGAAGAGAUGCAAGCAUCGGACGAUGCUAAAUCCUUCAUCUACUUUACAAAAGAAUCACACAUAUAUACCCUUUUAAACUGUAUCCUAGAAGGUGGCAUUACCACUAAAAUAAGCCGCUGCGCAAUUCCUGAAUUGGAUUACCUGUCUCAAAUUUGCUUCGAACUUUAUGAGAGCGAGAAUAAAACACCAAAAGGUAAUGAAGACGCUGCAAAAUACGCCUAUAGUAUUCGAAUCGCUAUCAGUCCGGGGUGUCAUACAUUUGAUCCACUUGAUGUACGAUUAGACAGUAAACAUUGUAUUAGUUGUGCACCGCGGCAAAGUUUAACUGCACACAAAGACUGGAAAGAAGUUAUUGAUACUCUAAGGGCAAAGUUUCACCAGGUCAAACUUCCUAAAAGCUUCCUUGCUGUAAAUCUUAGCGAGAGCCAUACUUUUCAUAAACGCGAUACCCAUCAAGGUAAUCAGGAGUCAUCAAAGCAUAAAGUUUUUGACUUUGGUAGCGAUAGCGAGUCUUCAAAUGAGGUAACACAGCUGGCAGAGCCCUCUAACACAGUUCAAAACCAUGAAGAGACUUUAAACAAAAUUCUUACAAAUUGA